AUGGGGAACUUCUUUAAUGGAUCUAUAUCUUUGUCCUUGAGUUCCUUAAGAGGUCUCCUAGACCUUGAUCUUUCCCGUAACAAUUUGACCGGACAAAUUCCUUCAUUCUUUGAUCAAUUUUCCAUGAAGAAUCUUAAUUUAUCCUUCAAUGAUUUCGAGGGUGAGGUACCAAUGGGAGGAGUUUUCGCAAACGCUAGCCUUAUCUCAGUUGUUGGGAAUUAUAGGCUUUGUCGGGGUAUACCUGCUCUUCAACUUACCCAAAUGCAGUGUCAAAGAAUCAAAGACAUGGAAAAGACGAGAAAUGCUCAACCUUCCAGAUCACUGUUGAAAGAAUCUUUAGUGCAAGUGUCUUAUGAUAGACUCCUCAAAGCAACCGAUCGGUUUUCUUCAGAAAAUUUGGUUGGUGUGGGAAGUUAUGGAUCUGUCUAUAAAGGAAUUCUUAACCAAGAUGAUGCAAUUGUUGCAAUCGAAGUAUUAAACCUUCAACAUCGAGGAGCUUCCAAGAGUUUCAGCGCCGAGUGUGAAGCAAUGAGAAAUAUUCGACAUCGAAAUUUCAUCACAAAUUAUGAUCUAAAACCAAGCAUCAUCCUAAUUGACGGUGACAUGGUUGCUCAUGUCGGAGAUUUUGGGCUGGCAAGGUUUCUUCAAGAAUCCGAAAUUCAAAACCAAAGCAGUACAGUUGGAGUAAGGGGAACUGUUGGCUGUACUGCUGCAGAGUAUGGCUUGGGAUGCGAGGUGUCAACAAAAGGGGAUGUAUAUAGUUAUGGAAUCUUGGUGUUGGAGAUGAUGACUGGAAAGAAACCUGUUGACAGUGUGUUCAAGGAAGGCCUUGACCUUCAUACCUUUGCUAGGAUGGCUUUGCCAGACCAUGUUAUGGAGAUAGUAGACCCAACGCUUUUAGAGGAGUGUUUGAUUUCCAUGAUCAGAAUUGGAGUUGCCUGCUCCAUGGAAUCACCACAUAAUCAAAUGGACAUAACUUAUGUCAUUCAUGAGCUGAAUUCAGUCAAGAACAUUCUUCAAGGCAUUCGAAGAGGUCCAAAGGCAUAA